AUGACAGUAAACGCAUUGAUCUCCGCCGACACGCCUCUGGCCUUAUACGCUGGGAUACUUUCCUUUUUUACCUUGGCUGUAGUUGGAUUCCUCUCUCUACGAAGAGAGCGGCUUCCCAAUGCCGAGUUCCUCCGUGUCGUUGACAAGCCCGGGCGUGGUGGGCAAGCAGAAGAUGUUGAAGCUUUUAUGAAGAACAGCCUGAGUACAAUUAUGAAAGGCUAUAACGAAUACUCCAAGCACGGCCGCCACUUUCUGUUGAGGACACCCACGCAGAUUUACCUCAUGGCUCCAUCGACAAUGCUGGAAGAGAUUCGCAAAAUUCCUGAUAACAAGCUCAGCCAGCCAGCAGCGGCCAACAUCAUUUUCCAGAUAAAGCAUACGUUCCACCUAGCACUUCUCAACGACUACUGCCAUUUUGACGUUGUACGAAAGAGCCUGACGCAGAAUCUGCCACGCAUCAUUGGAGACCUCGCCUGCGAAACUAGCUACAGCUUCGGUGCAGAGUUGGGCCAAUGCGAGGAUUGGACUCACGCCAUCGUCUUCCAGGUUUGCACGGCGCUCGUUACAAGGGUCGCCAACAGAAUGAUGGUUGGCCCUGAACUUUGCCGAAACAAGGAUCUGCUUCAUUACUCGGCGACAUAUACUAAAGCAACCUUCGAUGCGGCGGCGAUGUUGCGGAACGUCCCAGCUAUCCUGAAGCCUUUGGUAAUGCGCUUUAAUACCAGCCACCGGAGCCAACAGGAAGUGGCCCGCAGAAUUCUCGUCCCGGUUAUUAGGGAGCGGUUGUCUCGGAUGCAUCCCAAUACUUCCAGCGGAGACAAGCAGAACAAGCCCAAUGAUGCCCAUAUGUCGCCAUCCACCCCUCCUAACACUGCCCAUGGCUUCAGAGUAUCCUUCAAGAAACGAGACCCUGAAAUCCUGCUCCAACGCAUGAUUCACAUCAACGUCACGGCAAUUCAUGCUCCGGCGGUUACUUUGGCGGAGUGCAUCUUCGAUUUGUGUCGCCAUCCUGAGAUUCAUGCUGAGCUACGCGACGAAAUCAUCCAAGUUUUGGGUAACAAAGCAUUUGAUGAAGCCUGGUCCAAAGCCAACGUGGACAAGCUCGUCAAGCUCGACAGCUUCAUACGCGAGUCCACGCGUCUUACUCCCAUGAGUGCCGUCAAAAUGGAACGUCUUGCCGUUCAAGACUUCAAGUUCAGUGAUGGCACAUUUGUUCCGAAAGGAACUUCGAUAGGUGUGAUUUCUCACGGACGGCACUUGGACUGUGAUAUACUACCCAACGCCACGACGUUUGACGCGUUUCGCUACGCAAAAGUGAGAGCUGAGUUGGGUAAAGAGAAGCAGUACACGUUUGCUCAAGCGGGGCCAGACAACCUUCUCUUCGGACUCGGAAUACAUGCGUGUCCUGGCCGACACUUUGCUUCCGUGCUCCUCAAGAUAAUGCUGGCUCAUGUAUUGGUGUGCUACGACAUCAGGUUUAUCGAAGGGCUUUCGCCCCCUCACGGGACGUGGACUCAGAAAUUCCGCAACCCUGAUUUGGGCUACGCUGUUAGCUGGAAGGGGCGCAAGGUUGAUACGGAGCUUCAGGGCGCCUUUCUGUGA